AUUCGCGGUUUUUGUAACUUUUGAAAUCCCAAUUUCAAGGUUUUUUGUGGAGCUCACCACAGAACAAGAAAUCGUGAAAAUGGAGGGCAGCCUGAGCGAGGAAGUCUUCCAUUCCUACCGUCUAAACCCUAAGUUAUUCAUCAACGAGGUCGUCGAUUCCGUGAACAUCAUUUUAAAUGAAGCUUUUGAUUUCUUCCAGCAGGAGGGAGAAAAGAGUCUAAAAAUCGAGGGUACAGAUCGAUCCGUAGAUCUAAAAAAGGGUGUGGAUUACAUUCGCAAGAUGGUUCAAUUGAGGGUGGACAAUCGUCUAAGCGUGUGGGAGAAAUACUGUUUGAAUCAGUGUUUUAUGGUACCAGAAGGGUUCUCUUUGCCUAAGGAUGAACCGCCUGGUGACACUUGCUUGGAUCGUGAUGCAGAACUGGAUGCACAGUUGGAUUCCUUGCGAAACAAACUCGCUCAGGUAGGUAAAGAGUCUGCCGACCUCAAAAGAGAGCUACAAGCACUGGAAAGGCAGUGUAGCAUGAGUAAACAAUCUGCAGCCUCUCUUGAUAAAGUGGUACAGUUUUAUAACGAACUGGGUGUGCACGAUAAGUUUGCAGAGCUGGUAACAAGUGCAUCAGAGUUCCGUUCGUCCAUGGAGAAGCGGCUAACUCGGAUGUCUACUGAGAUUGAACACGAGAGAGCAGGGAAAGUUCGCAAACUGAACAAUCAUGGGAAUGGUGACCAUUCUGGUCUGCAUAAUGCCAAACUUGAAGAUCUUCAACAAUUUCUAGAUGAUUUCAAGAACACCAAAUGAUCGUAUCUUCUUCUCACCGCGAGCUAAUGAAUGACUCACUUCCCUUUGGUUUAUAGGGUGUGUUUGUCAUUGUUUUUUUCACUCAACUUUUGGCUCAUUUCUUUUGAAAAUUACAUCUUCAACAAAUGCUUGAAAUUGUA